GGGAAUGGCGAUGAAGAGCAAGGCGCGCUUCUUCGUGGCUGUUCACGUCGGCGCUGGCUACCACGCUCAAUCCAAUUCCAAGAACUACCGCAGGGCGAUGCGGCGAGCUUGUCUGGCCGCCGCCGCGGUUCUCUCCCAGAGCUCCGGGACCAGCAUGGAUGCCGUUGUGGCAGCGAUCAAAGCCUUGGAGGAUGAUGAAAUUACGAAUGCUGGUCGAGGGUCCAAUCUGACUCAAGAGGGAAACGUGGAGUGCGAUGCUAGCAUAAUGGAUGACUCGGGAUCGUUUGGUGCUGUUGGUGCUACUUCAGGUGUCUCAAAUCCUAUCGAGGUAGCUGCGCUUUUGGCUAAAGAAAGUAGACACGGUUCUUCCUCGCUUGGAUUAAUUCCACCCAUUUUUAUAGUUGGCGAUGGCGCGAGGCAAUGGGCCAAAGAGCAUGGAAUCGAAACCAUGGAGAGUCCGGAGCAUACGCUUGUCACGAAUAGAUCCAAGGAGCAAUGGCUCAAGUAUAAGAACAUGAUGACAAAACAGCCAGAGAGUAAUUUAAGCAGAGAGGACGUGAUGCAGGACACGGUUGGUGCAGUGUGCGUGGACGACAAAGGAAAUAUUUCGGCUGGAGUUUCUAGUGGUGGUAUUGCUAUGAAAGCUAAAGGUCGAGUCGGACUUGCUGCGGUGUAUGGAUGCGGUUGCUGGGCAACAUCAAACUUAUCAUCUUCCGUGGGUUGCAGCACAUCAGGAGCAGGAGAGAGGCUUAUCAAGUCUCUUUUGGCGCGUGAAUGCUGCGAUUCUUUGUGGGAGUCAGAUGCUGGCCCCGUAAGCGUUUGCUCAGACAUUUUACUGAAGCUUAAUCAAGGACACUUAGACAGUCAAAAACAGGAUGCUGGGAUUCUACUUCUACAGUCUUUCAAGUCAUUCCCUAAUAGAUUGGAAGGAGUUGAAUUCCUCGCAGCACACACUGCUCCAUCAUUUGGUAUAGGAUAUUUUGCGAACUUCAUGGAGCGGCCCAAGGCGUCGAUUCUUAGGCAAAAGCCAGGUGACCACUCAGAAGUGAGAGUUUUGGCAACACGAUUUUUGUUUACGUAGCAUACUGUAGAGACAGUUGAAUAACAGGAUCAGUUGCAGCAA